AUUUAUACUCCAUGGUCCAUCAAUAUUUAUACAUAAUUCUAGGUGGUUCAGUAGCCACAACCUACUGUUAGACACUUAUUCAAAACUCAUCAAAGAACCAAAAAUGUAAUAAAUAUACAACAAAUUUGCAUUUUGGUGGCUUCUUCUCCACCAAUCACAUUGCCUCACUUGGGAAGACUCUUCACAAUCCUUCUCUCUUGAUCAUAAUAAAUUCUGCCUUUACUUGACUCAUUUGCAUUUCUUUUCAAUCCCCACGAGUCUUUUCCUCUAGUUAAAAAUUUAGAUAUUUUUUGUUUUCAAGAAAAUGGCUAGCUGGGAAGAUGAUCAGGUAUUGGUGGAUGAUCAAUAUGAAGAUCAUCAAGAAUCUCAAUUUCAGAGUCAUGGUCUCUCUAGGCUAGCUACCUGCACCAGCAGUUCAACUCUGGAUUAUGAAAACUUGGAAAAUAUCGAUGAUGAUCCUCAUGGGACUGUUGGUACCAUGUUCUCAGGAUUGUGUAUUGAUGAUCAGGAAUUCUGUGAUAGAGGCUAUGGUCCUGAUGGCAGAGAAAACUCAUCAAGGGGUUGUUUGUUUUUGGAUUCUGAUGAUGAUAAGGAGCCAAUAGCAGCAGCUUGGUGCUCUCUGCCAGCCUCACCACUGCAUGAACAGAGGAGCCAGGCUGAUGAUCAGUCCAAACAGUACUUAAGUGACAACAAUUGUGGCAAAUUGAGUAGAAUGAGAAAGAGGGUGUUGAGGAGGAAGCAAUGGGAAGAAAGAAAAACAAGUCUUAUGAAUGAUGAAGAUGAUGAAAAUACAGUAGAAAUGAAGAUGAACAUGACUUGUUUAAGUCAGAAUAGUUUUAGUGGAGAGAGUGAGGGAGGCUUGAGGGUAAUCACAAGGCCUAAAGGAGGGAAAAGAGCAUUGUGCAUGGACAUGGAAGAAGUUAAGGCAUGUAGAGAUCUUGGUUUCGAGUUAGAGCACCAGCAAAUGUUUGACUUGUCGACAACUCCGAGCCGGAUGACUCUCUCAGCAUCCACUCUUGACACCACCAGCAGCAGUGGUGGGAGUUCUCCGAUUCCCAAUUGGCACAUUUCCAGUCCAGGGGAUGCUCCAAAGGAUGUGAAAGCAAGGCUGAAAGUAUGGGCGCAAGCUGUGGCACUUGCUUCUAGUUCUUCAUGGAGGCACCUAACAAGCUAAUCCUAAUAGUAAGUAGGACUGCUUGUAGUUAUCGUCCAUUUAUUUUGAUCAAUCUUGAGGGUUGUGGCCAAAUUCUGCCUGCUUUCCCACUAAUUGUGAGGAUAAAUGUGGAAAAUCAAUCAUCAAUAUACUUAUAUAAAGGAGAAGCGAGUGGCGUGUAGGUGGCGUCUCUCACAUCGCUCCGUUCUAUUUUUCUAUUUUUCUAAUUUUCUGGAAUUUUUGGAUGGAAAAUAAUCAAAAAUUAGAACUACCUUUUUAAUUUCGGAUAUAUUAGAAGCAAGUUUCAGAAUCUGAUUUUGUUUCAGAUUAUUUAUGGAAUAUAGUAGCUUGAAAGUUUUAAUCUGAUUUUUGUUUCAGAUUAUUUAAUUAUGGAAAAGACAGAUUAUUUAUAGAAAAUAGUAGCUUGAAAAUUUUAA